GACAUGGGGAGUGGCUCUCCUGCUCUGUAGCAUGCUGGCUUUCACAUACACACCCACCCACCCCUUGCCAACCCACCACCAAAAACAGACACACUCACAACCAUACCUAACACACUCUCCCGUGCAGUGUGGUCGUACCAGAAAAACUGAACUCAGACAAAAUAUGGAUGCAGUGAAAACAGAAGAAUGAAGAUAAGAGCAGAAGAGGGUUGAGAGGAAGAAGAGAUAAUAGUAGAAGAAGAGGAAGAAAGACUAUGACGGGAGCAGAGACCAGAGGGAACGGAUAAAAAGGAGAGCUGUGGAGAGAGGGAUCCUGUACUAACACGGCACAGGACAGUAUAGAAGUGUGACUGUCGUGGUGCAGAAUGGGCAAUUCUUCAUCCCCAGGCCGGGAUAGAAGAAAGGGUCACAAGAUCUCCGCUGGGGAUGCCGAGUUCCCGCGGGAGUACCACACCCUGGGCCACGGUGGCACGCGUCGUUUCCCUGACAACAACAACGGGGGGCAGGCGCCCACCUCGGGGGAGCGCCAACGCCACAACGACAUCGCUGCCAAGAGCCUGGAGGCCCUUACGAACCUUCACAAGGCUGACAUAGAGCGCCAGCGCGAAGCCUUCAUGGACCUCCAGAAGAAUCAGAAGUACCCGGCCAGCCCCUGUAUGUCUCAGGGCCAGGGCUCACCUAACUGUGGCCGCCAACAGCAGCAACAGCCAAACUACUGGAGCUUCAAGGCCCGUACCCCCCGUGUGAUCCGGCCCAACCCCAACCAGCCGGCUCUAGCCGACCAGGCCAGCAGAGUAUCCUUUGCCUCGGCUGAGAGUCUGGAAACCAUGUCUGAGGCUGAAGUUCCCCUCGGGUUCAACCGCAUGAACCGUCUCCGCCAGAGCCUGCCCCUGGCGCGCUCAUCCAGCCAGGCCAAGCUCCGCGCGCCAGGCAUUCUCUUCCUCCAGCUGGGGGAGGAGAUGAGGAGGGUGCACCUGACCCAUGAGCUGACCAGCCUGGAGACCCUGAGGGCCCUCAUCGUCCACAUGUUCCCCCAGAGGCUCACCAUGGCAAUGCUCAGGUGCCCCAGCACGGCCCUGCUCAUCAAGGAUGAGGCCCGUAACGUCUUCUAUGAGCUGGAGGACCCACGAGACGUCCAGGACCGCUGUGUCAUCAAGAUCUACUGCAAGGAGACUGUCUACGGCACCUACCCCAGUCACCACAACCCACACCUGGCCAACGGAGACCUCCGGAGGGAUAUGGUGUACACGCCCCAGCAGGAUUCCCCGCCCAACCGUCGCCUCAGCAACACCCCUGCCUCCUCCGCCUCUGCCCCCUCCGGCUCGCCGUCCCGCAUCCGUCUCCUCUACAGUGGGGGCCGCCCAUCUUCUUACGCUGGGCAACCUCACCCCCAGCAUCAUCCCCAAACCCACUCCCUCCCCCACCCCCACCACUCCUCGCCAGGUGGCCAGAGUGCGGCCCACCACCAGCAUCACCCCCAGCAGCUCCACCACCAGCCCCAGCUACAGCACCACGCCCAGGCAGGUUUCUCCCCUAGUGCCAUCCUGGAGCGUAGGGAUGUUAAGCCCGAUGAGGAGGUCCAUGGCACUGGCUCCAGGAGCAUGGUGCUCCUGCGGGGCGAUGCAGGGGGGAUCUAUGCCGACCCCUAUUCCCUGGGCCAGGAAGGAGGCCGCCUCAGCCUGGCGGGCCCCCACUCAUCUCUACCCCCGAGAGGGGACGCCUACGGCUCUCUCUACCGGCGUGGAGGAGGCGGAGGGGGCGGAGGAGGGUUGGGACCCGGAUCCAUGCGCUCCCUCACUUCCUACUCGGCGGCGGCGCUGCAAGGAGAGCUGAUGGACAGUGGCGUCCUCUACAGGCCUGGAGGCCCACUGUAUAAUGAUGCAGCCUACGCCGCGUCCAUGUUGGCCAUGGGCUUCCGGGUGCCACCCCCCUCGUCUCCGCAGAAAAUCCCCGACAUGAGGGACUCGUAUUCAGGCACCAUGCCCGGCCGGGGCUCCCCUGGGAGGCAGACCCUGCGGAGGGACUCAGUAUCCUCCUCCAUGUUCGGGGAGAGUCCCAAAGCUAGGGGUCAGGGGUCAGGGUUGGGGUCUGAUCAGCUGUGCUUAAUGGCUGGACCUGGAGGGGAGGGCGGUGGUUUCAGUUCAGCACCAGGUUUCAGUUCACCUCUACCAGGCAAUGAGACAGAGACCAGGGGGCGCAUGGAGGCCAUGGAGAAACAGAUAGCCAGUCUGACUGGUCUACUGCAGACUGUUCUGACCAGGGGACCAGAGGCCGAGAGCCCGGACAAGAUUGAGACGGCCAAUUACUGCUCUGAGACAGACACUGGACGGUUAAAAAACAAGAAAGCCCUGACACCGUCGGCUCCGUUGGCCCUGAUGCCGCCACCACUCGUCGGGUCCUCCCAGCCACUGACGGUGUCGCGGCUGCAGAUGCAGAUCCACCUGCAUGGCCUGCAGCAGAACACCAGCGAGCUGCGCAAACAACUGUCCCAGCUGCGCAACAUCCAGUUGGAGAACCAGGACUCAGUACAGUCCCUGCUGAGGCAGACCGAGUCGGAGCUGAGCCUUAUGAUGCUGGAUGCCAUGCGGACCCAGGAGGACCCUUUGCAGAGGCAGCGCCUCCUAGUGGAGGAGGAGAGACUCAAGUACCUCAACCAGGAAGAGCUGCUCAUCCAGCAACUGCAUGAUCUGGAGAAGUCAGUGGAGGAACUGCAGAGGAACUCGUCAGUCAACCACAGCCUGGUGACUGAGCAGGAAGUGGAGCAGAAGAGUAUGGAGCUAAGGUCUUUGGGAGAGACCCUCACAGAGCUCAAGAACCAGUUCCCCAGUCUGCAGAGUAAGAUGCGCGUGGUGUUGAGGGUGGAAGUGGAGGCUGUGAAGUUCCUGAAGGAGGAGCCACACAGACUGGACUCACUGCUGAAACGCUGUAACACCAUGACCGACACACUGACCACACUACGCAGGAAAGUGACCGAGGGCCUGUGGAAAGGCCAGAAUGACAUCUCCAGCCAGUCAGCCAAGCGAACUGAGCACACAGGAAAGAGCUUGGACCUCGACAUACUGACCAGUCCACCGCUCAGCCUCAAUGACCUGGGUGGUAGUGCAAGCCUUGCCAACUGGAUGCCCGUAUCAGGCAGUGACCCAGAUGCUUCUGGAACUGAGCAGGACCCCCACCCUACGGCCAGCUACAGAAGCCGGGUCCUGGACGAGCUGCCAAGCCGCCGCGGUGUUGGCAAAUCAGUGUCUGCGGAGGUCAGACUGGCUGCAGAGCGGGACUGGGAGGAGAAGCGAGCAAGUCUGACCCAGUUUAGUGCCCAGGACAUCAACCGUCUGCUGGAGGAGACCCAGGCUGAGCUGAUGAAGGCCAUCCCAGACCUAGACUUUGCUGCCAGGCAGAUUAACAAGCCUGCUGUACCCCCCAAACCCCACCCCAAACCUCAGUUUACCACCCCCAUCACUACCACCACCACCACCUCCACCACCACUAGCACAACCACCACUACCAGUACUGAGCACCAGCCCAACAUGGUGCAGGUCACUGCCCAGAAGCUGGAGGGGGGCUCACGUUGCGGAUCUGCAGAGCUGACCGUUACCAGGUAUCGCACUGAGAAACCCUCUAAGUCUCCGCCUCCACCCCCUCCUCGCCGCAGCUUCCCAUCAGCCCAUGGGCUCACCACCAAUAGCACCGGAGAAGUGAUCGUCACCACCAAGAAGAAGGUGGAGCCAGAAGACGGAGAGGCUCCGAAGACUCUGGUCAAGCUGAGAAGGACACCGUCUGACACCCCCCGCCCCACCUCCACUCCCCCCGUCAUCGCCGCCUCGGCGAUUAAAGACGAGGACGACGAAAAGAGGAUCAUUGCUGAACUAGAGAAUGCAAGCAACUCACCAGGGGGAUCCAAGGGAGCCCAGUCAACUGUAGCGGCUAGACUGAAGAGCCUUCAGCAAGGCAGCCUCGAGAGGCCCAAGACCAGGAAGCAGAGAGAGGACUUCCCCAAGAUCCAGGGCCAGCAGCAGGUAUUCCACUUCUAGAAUGCCCCUCAGAGGAGUAAGCCCUCUUCAGAACAGCUCUGGUGGCCUUUGACAUUGACAACUGCCCCAUCUCACAGCUGUCUGGGCAACUACUGGGAUACAAUAUGUUAUCCGUGGGAAAUGUAAGGUGAAGAGAUAAGGGUCGGGCUCAUCGGAAAUCACCAAUGUUGGUUGUUAUAUUAUUUGACUUUGAGCUGUGGUUGGAUCCAAAAUGGAUUGUGUACUGAGCGUGCUCUAUCCCAUUGGCUGGUAUUGAUGUUUUUGAGGAGGGUAAGGUCAUGGAGGUAUUGUGCACUUAACAAGCUAAGUGGCACCUAAACUGCACUUCUCGAUUAUGCCAUGGAAUAGUUGAACAUCUCAAUGCCAAACCCCUGACAUUUCACCAAGUAGAUGAUGGUCCUACAGUACCACGGUUGUCUGACUCCGCUUUCUUUAUUUGAAUCGCUGAAUCAUUCUGUCUCCAGCUGAGUCAUUUAAACCGCAGUCCAAAAGUGAGAGGGUCAGGAGAUGGAAAAGUAAUACUUCUCUGAAUAUUUGCCCUUUUUUUCCUCAUCGGAGAUGAGAAUAUGGAAAAAGUAGGAACGACAAAGACAGACGGACAGAAAUAACGAAAGGCAGAACAAAAAAGCAAAGUGCAUCACACCUCCAAUGUUUCUCUGGAGCAAAUACAGUACCAGUCAAAGGUUUGGACACACUUGCAGUACUCAUUCCAGGGUUUUUCUUUAUUUUUACUAUUUUCUACAUUGUUGAAUAAUAGUGAAUAAAUCAAAACUAUGAAAUUUCACAUGGACUCAUGUAGACACUUUAAAAGUGUAAAUAAAUAUUUUAUAUUUUAUAUUUGAGAUUCUUCAAAGUAGCCACCCUUUGCCUUGAUGACAGCUUUGCGCACUCUUGGCAUUCUCUCAACCAGCUUUAUGAGGUUGUCACCUGGAAUGCAUUUCAAUGAACAGGUGUGCCUUGUUAAAAGUGAAUUUGUGGAAUUUCUUUCCUUCUUAAUGCAUUUGAGCCAAUCAGUUGUGUUGUGACAUGGUAGGGGUGGUAUACAGAAGAUAUCCCUAUUUGGUAAAAGACCAAGUCCAUAUUAUGGCAAAAACAGCUCAAAUAAGCAAAGAGAAACGACAGUCCACCAUUACUUUAAGACAUGAAGGUCAGUCAAUGCGGAACAUUUCAAGAACUUUGAAAGUUUCUUCAAGUGCAGUCGCAAAAACAAUCAAGAGCUAUGAUGAGACUAGCUCUCACGAGGACCGCCACAGGAAAGGAAGACCCAGAGUUACCUCUGCUGCAGAGGAUACGUUCAAUAGAGUUACCAGCCUCAGAAAUUGUAGCCCAAAUAAAUGCUUCACAGAGUUCAAGCAACAGACACAUCUCAACAUCAACUAUUCAGAGGAGACUGCGUGAAUCAGGCCUUCAUGGUCAAAUUGCUGCAAAGAAACCACUACUAAAUGACACCAAUAAGAAGAAGAUACUUGCUUGGGCCAAGAAACACGAGCAAUGGACAUUAGACUGGUGGAAAUCCUUUAGGUCUGAUUAGUAGGUGAACGGAUGAUUUCUACAUGAUCUCCACAUGUUUGGUUCCCACCGUGAAGCAUGAAGGAGGAGGUGUGAUGGUGAUUUACUUAGGAUUCAACGCACACUUACCCAGCAUGGCUACCACAGCAUUCUGCAGCGAUACGCCAUCCCAUCUGGUUUGCGCUUAGCGGGACUAUCAUUUGUUUUUCAACAGGACAAGGACCCAACACACCUCCAGGCUGUGUAAGAGCUAUUUGACCAAGAAGGAGAGUGAUGGAGUGCUGCAUCAGAUGACCUGGCCUCCACAAUCACCCGACCUCAACCCAAUUGAGAUGGUUUGGGAUGAGUUAGACCGCAGAGUGAAGGUAAAGCAGCCAACAAGUGCUCAGCAUAUGUGGGAACUCCUUCAAGACUGUUGGAAAAGCAUUCCAGGUGAAUCUGGUUGAGAGAAUGUCAAGAUUGUGCAAAGCUGUCAUCAAGGCAAAGGGUGGCUACUUUGAAGAAUUUGUUUAAAACUUUUUUGGUUACCACAUGAUUCCAUAUGUGUUUUUUCAUAGGUCUGAUGUCUUCACUUUUAUUCUACAAUGUAGAAAAUAGUAAAAUUAAAGAAAAACCCUUGAAUGAGAAGGUGUGUCCAAACUUCGGACUCUGACUGAAGCCCUCCUCCCUCCUCUCUGAAGCAGCAGUCUUACAUGGUUCAGCAGGCACUCCAACCCAGUAGGCUGAUCUGUCCCACCUGAUCUGUCCCACCUCAGCCCAAACUGUCCCUCACAAAGGACCUUCUGGCAGCUCUCAAAGUCAGGUAGAGAUAACAUAGAAAGCCACUCCGUUCCAGCUAGCACCUGUCCUGAGCCAGUCAACCCAAUCCUCUCAUUACCCUAACGGGGAUAAUCCACACUCCAUUAGCUAACUAAGAUAGAGGUCACUUCAUUUGAACUCUAAGAAACAGGCCCCAUGUGGUGCUCUUUAGGCUUAGGGGGUCUAUUCCCAGGCUAUUAGAGUUCAAAAGACUACCCGUUGGACUGAAAAACAGCCCCAAAAUGUUGCCAUGGUUCAACUCGCUUCGGAUGGCUGGAUUGAUGCACUUCUACAUUCAUCUUGAUCAGAUCUGAAAGGUUUUUACCUUGUGUGGGGCAAAUUAAUCUCAUCCACCACCAAAGCUGUAACCACAUCCAUUUUAGUGAAGCACAAGGUUUGCACCAGAACAAAAACCAUACUUCACUCUUUGGGGUGAAAGGAGUCAGAAACCACUUGGAAUCCGUGUAAAAAACAUUCAAGUAUCAUACAAGUGCAGAAGAUGACCUCCCAGAGAGGUCAGUGCGCUUCACAACAAUGCCCAUUAGUGAAUACAGUAGUUAGCACAUGGCUAACAUGUUAACCUUUAUUUGACACUAGAGGAAUACACACCAAGCAUUAGUAUUCAUGUCUAUUCCCAACCUGGUCUCAGAGCAUUUCGUAUUAUUCUGUACAUAAAUCCGAGAACUGCAUUUAUUAUGAUAUGUUACGAUUUCGUAUGGUAAAUCAAAUCAAAUCAAAUUGGUCUCAUACACAUUUUUUAGCAGAUGUUAUUGUGGGUGUAGCAAAAUGCUUAUUUUCCUAGCUCCAACAGUGCAGUAAUAUCUAACAAUACAUGCAAAUCUAAAAAGUAAAAAGUUGGCAUGUAAUUAUUUGUGGAUGUCCUUCAACCAUUUCGUAUGAUAUUUUACGAAAUUGCUAAAUGUACAAUAUGUUACGAAUUUGCAAAAUGUAGGAUAUGUUACGGAUUACAAUUUGUUGUUGCUAAUGUUAGCUAGGUGGCUAACAUGAACGUUAGUUAGCUGGCAAACGUUAGCUAGGGUUAAAAGUUAAGGUGAGGUGUUAGGUUAAAGGGUUAAGGUUAGGGUUAGCUAACAUGGUAAGUUGUUGCAAAGCUGCUAAUUAGUUAAAAUGCUAAAGUGGUCCGUGAUGAGAUUCAAACACACAACCUUUGGGUUGCCAGACAUUCGCGUUAAACCAACCACCCUCCUUUUGUUUUGGCCUUAAAUGUAACCUUCUGUCUUAUGUAACCAUACCAAACGUAACAUAUCAUACUCAUUUAAUGGUCCCGAUUUUAUAUUUACUAUGUUAAAUCUAGCCUAUGAGACCAGGCUGCUAUUUAUGCUGUUUGCUGGAAACCACUCAAUUGUGUGGGAUUGCGUAUGCCUCCAAGUGUACCUUCAUUCCCUAUCCCCAUGUUGUCAUGAUGUCAAAUAUGCCCCCUGAGUCUGCGGAUGCUGUUUAUUCGGGUCAUUACACUGUGCAGAUUUUUUUUGUGUGCAGAUUACGCUCAUUGCAAAAGUGAGUCCUCUUCUGGUGCAGAUUAUGUAUUUUAUUAAAUGUCCGACCUGAUGUUUGUAGCAUACAGUAAAUACAGUCAUAUAUAUCUAGGCAAUUGGGUCAGUAAAAUGUAGUAAACUGUCUGUGACCAAACAAACAAAAGACCUGUUCAACUUAAACUAUAUGUUUAACAUAUGCAAAUAAUAUGAAUUAAUAUACUGUAUGUUGGAGUCAGUUGAAUAUAUUGGACACACAUGCAUCUGUGUGACCUGUAUGUGCAGUGUGGGUAAAUUAAAACCCCCAUGGGUAGGCUAUUUUGUGUACUGUAAUGCAUAAUGUUAGGUUCAUUCUUUCAACAAUACAGGACUGCUUCAGACAUGAACCAAUGAGGUCAUUUUUGAACCAAUAGGAUUUAACCAAGACCCCCCUCCCCCUUUAUUUUAUCCUGAGGGGAAAAUGUGCACGAGCUGAAAAAUUGUUAACGUCAACAAAAGUGAAGUUUGUGUGUGCACAACAUGCGAAUGCCUUGGGUUAUCUGAUUUUAAAAAGGCUUAGUUGGUAUUCUGCUAUUUGAUAUCUUAGGACAUUGUGUGGACAUUGUCUCAACACAGUGCUAUAGCUACAUUCACUGUUCCAAUACCUGUCCUGAAGGAAUGCCAAAAGGCGAUGACCAGGUGCUGUCCUUUAUAUCGCUCCUGAAUAGGUGGACUUUUUGUUUGGCACCUGAAUGGAUGAUUUUGGCAUGAAUCCUUUUUUAAUGAUCCAAUAUGAAUGCGAUUUAUCUGGGGAAUGGAGGAUCUCGUGGAUGGCAGAAAGUGGGAGGAUCCCUCAAUCUUCUGCGGGGGGGGAUGGUGCACCUGUCUGUUCAUGUCUUUGUAAAGGAUAUUUUGUGAUACAGGCUCCAAGAGCUACAGAUAUACCGACGUGUAGUACGUCUUACCUGGGUCGUACUAUAGCAUACGAAUUGUACGACCGGGUUAGGUGAAAAGGGUUAAGGUUAGAAUUGGGGUUAGAGGAAGCUCAAAUGCUACAGUUGUCCCCGGUGCAACUCGAACACACAACCUUUGGAUUGCUAGACUGUCACGGAAUACGCCCACCCAUCCUACCCGACCAACCUCCCUACUUCCGUUUCUGUCUAAAGCAACUAGACCAUUAGUACAGAUCGUAUGUCUUGACAGGUGCUCGGAAAUGUGUAUAGCAUAUUCAAAUCAAAUCAAAUGUUAUCGGUCGCAUACACAUAUUUAGCAGAAGUUAUUGUGGGAGACUCUGCGGCUCUGAGACCAGGCUGCACUGUUUGCCCCUAGUGCUCCUUCCACAAUUACAAAUUGCUCCUUCCUCUCCCCACGUUGAAGGUCCUGAAUGUACAUAUCUAUAACCUCCAUGCCCCAUGUAGACCAAAGCUAGUGUCGGCUUCUACUGCUCUUCAUCCCGCCCAGUCUAUCUCACUUUGAGCAGUGGGCCUCCCAAGGACACACCCCAGCCCCAUCUAUCAUGAGGAGAAUAGAGCCAGAAUAUAGAUGACAUUGAUCUAAAUCUACAUCAGUGCAACCAGCUCUCUUGGCAUCCUUAAAGGCACGCCUCUCCUCUCUUCUACCUCCCUUUGUCUAUGCUCUUGGCUUAAUGGGAAGUCUGCGUCGUUAAUCGUAGGCUUUUGUCUUGUUUCUCCCCUUAACCCUUUUGCCCCGUUGAACGGUUGGAUUUGUAAACCAAUGUGGCAGCGGUGUGGGGGCCCUUAGACAUCUAAUCGUAGGAGGAAAUCUCUUGUUCGCUAAAGGCCAAGGCAAUUCAUUAGCAUUGGCAUCCAAUUGAGCUUGAUGUUGUGUCCAAAUGUGUCAGCGAGAGAGGCUCAGCGCUGGCUUUUCUCUCCUUGGGUUUGUUUGUUUGGGUCUCCAAGGCUCUUAUGGAGAAGCCCCUGUAGGAGCAAAGGGACGGUGGGAUAAUUCAUUUCCAUUCAUUUGGACAAAGAAAGCAUCUUAACUGUUUCAGACAUGACCAAUUCAUUGAAAAUGUGUGUUGUUUCAGGGGUGAGGAUUGUUUGGGUUGAUCCCAACAGCCAAUAGUAGCUUUGGGUUUUAGCCCUGUACGUGUCCAAACGAGCCAGCAGCCGAGGGCAAAAGUGCAAACAAAAACAUAAUUGACCAAUCACAGAGCAAGAAAGUAUGCCUCGGGUUAACCAGGGUAAAAGGAGAGUUCGGCCUUCACUUAUAAAGAUCAUGUAACUUGAGGACACCUAUUAUCCUGUACUCUAGAGUAUAGCUCCUCCAUUACCUACUCCUCUUCCUAUCCUUCUCUUCCUCUCUCCUUCUGCAGUCCGUAUUUCUUCUCCUCCUCUCGCUUCACCCCUCCCUUUCCUCUCCUCUCCCAACUCCCCUUCCUCUCCUAUCCACUGUGGAGAAGCUGCAUCGGGCCAGGUAGCCCGUCCUCAAGUCCUGACAGCAGUGCAGUACUGAUCACAGCAUCACUUCCUCAGUUUUGCCCAUGCUCUGCUUAGCGACAGCCACAUGGCUCAGAUCUUGACAGGAGCUGUCGGGCUGAUACACCAAACACAGCAUCCCCCCGUGGCCAGUCAGGGGAAAUGCACUGCACUGGCUGAAGCAUACAGUAGCACCCCAUGUGACCACAUAGAUGCAAGAUAGCCAAUGACCAAGUCAGUAGCUUGACCCUGGUCUGUCUCUAUCUGGAAGGAGUCACCAAAGAACAGGGAAAACAAAUGUGAUCUUAAAACACUAUUAAAACCCUUAACAAAAGAUGAGAAUGCAACAGAAAAAGCUGCAGACUGCAGACUUUUCCCAGACACCCUAUUGCAGUAGGUUAGGAUAGGAGUUAGAUAGAGAUCAUGUGAGCAAUGUGCUCUCUUCUUCCAUGUCUGAGGGCAACUGCUGUAUAUCCUCUGCUAUCAUGGUCAGUAUGAGUACUGGGAUAAACACUGAAGGUAAAAUGGUGGACAGCAAGAUUCAGCACAGGAUCCCACUUCUGACACCAAAUGUUGCAAAUUGAACACGUAACGAUCCUAAAAUCCCACAGUAAACACGGGUCCUCUAUCCAUAAUGUGAAAGGUUCUGGACUCAUUAGCACCGUUUUAUACACUAGCCACCAUUGUCACAGCAAUAUGAAGAUUUCCAUCCCAAGAUUUUAUACGUGACAACAUUUAAACAGUUUUUUUUUUACCACUCCACUAAAUGCAAGUCAGAUAAUCCCACAGAAGGGUUAUGUGCUGUCUGAAACUGCUGGAGGAAAGUGCAAUAAUAUUGCCAUGGAAGCUCUCCGUGCACAAAUAUAUACCACUGGCACAAAAAAUAUACAUAAUUGGAGACAGAACAUCCCCUUGGUAAAUCCUAGACAUUAAUAUAAUGUAUUAUUCAUCUUUAAAUAUAGAAAUAUGAGCUAAUAUGAAAAUAAAGACCAUGCAAUUAACCUCAGAAUAAUCUAAAUCAUAGAGAUAUACUGUAUUGUGAGAAAAUAGUAUACUACCCAAUAGGUAUUAGGUAUUGUUUGCAGUGAUUAUAUCAUGUACAUAAUUCAUUCUUCAUCUAUGUUUUUAUAUUAUCAAGACUGUAUUUUUAUACUUGAAAAGAGGAUUCAUAACCACAUUUUAGACAUGUAUUCUGUAAAUGAAUUUGUUGUGUGUUUUGUUUUCUAUUGCCAUCAUUUUGGUUCCUUACUACUUAGACCAUUCAGCAAAUUGUUAGUAUCAUUUCUUGUCAAUAGACUAAUAUGGUUCAUGGCAGGAUACAAAGAACACAUGCGGUGACAUUUGUGAAAAUUCUGAAACCUUUGGGAGGCUUGUUUGGGAAACAAUAGAAAUCAAUGACGGAGGGUUGUGAACUACUUAAUAAAGUAGCACUACACUCAGCUUGCACGGAUAGAGGGAACGAAAGAAAUAGAGAGACCCAGAGCACAUUUCCUCAUCCCUCUUUACAAGUAAUCACUGGUGACUACCCACAUCUGUCUUCCUCUAUCCUAAUCAAAAGUAAACAAUAUCGUAUGUACAAUAUGGCUUCUCGAUGAAUGUGCGGUUGUUUAAAGUAGUCUGUGGGUGUUAUAAAUCAUGUAAAUAGACCGAGAAGAUGUUACUUAUAAUGGAUUUUUAUGUGAAUUUCUUUUUGUUGUUGUUCGAGAGAAACGUAAUCCAAAACAGCAUGCACAUACUGUACAUUCCCGGAAUUUGCACGCUGGGUCAACAAAAGGUUGUUACUUCUGUCAAUACCUCUCCUCUGUGUAUAACUGUAAGUGUAUAUUAGAUGAAACAUUGUACAGGAUAAUAGAUUUUGUAUCAUGUGCAACAGGGUCAGUCAAAACAAAUGUCACUGUCAACGUUGAUGUUAAGAAAAAGAUAUGAAAACAUCGUAGAGCAACUUCCGUUAUUCCGAGAGUGAUUCUUGCUGUGCGUGUGAGAUAAGUGUUGUUGAUGAGUACUGAAGAAGAAUGACACAGCAAUACGCUACGCUAAAGACCAACUAACAGUGCAAAUGCUACGCCAAUUCUACAUACUGAAAGAACUGUUGCCGCUUUGUGUGAGAAGAUCAACUAUGGUACUUAACAACGACUGCUGCUUUUGUACCUCUCUGUUGUGUUUUUGUGACAAUAAAAGUGAACCUCUUAUACAAGAAA